AUGAAGCUCCUCUCAUCCACCCUGAUGCUGGGUGCUGUAUCGGCGGUCACUGCACAACAGCAUGUUCUGAAGAACCCCGUGGCAGACCAUCAGAAACCCCUCCAGGAUGCAGUGAAACCGAUUUCUAAUGCGUGGUCAAAGCCGAUUCACGAUAUCUGGGAAUCGAUGAAGGAUAUGCCCGCGGACGCAAGAGCUAUCUGGGAUGAAGUUGCACUGCUUUUCCCCGAGGCUAUGGACAAGUCGAGCUUCAUCUCGGCUCCCAAGCCGCACACCAGAAAGCCCGACAGCACUUGGGACUACGUUGUGAAGGGUGCUGAUGUCCAGAGUGUCUGGGUUGAGAACUCACAAGGCCAGAAGGAGAGAGCCAUCGAUGGCAAGCUUGAAAGCUACAACUUGAGGGCCAAGAAAGUCGACCCAGCAAAGCUUGGUGUGGAUACCGUGAAGCAGUAUAGUGGGUAUCUCGAUGACGAGGAAAAUGAUAAGCAUCUCUUCUAUUGGUUCUUCGAAUCCCGGAAUGAUCCCAAGAAUGAUCCCGUAAUCUUAUGGCUGAACGGCGGCCCAGGUUGCUCGUCUCUUACUGGUCUAUUCCUCGAACUUGGCCCAUCUUCACUCGAUAAGAAUCUCAAGCUUCACAGCAACCCAUACUCUUGGAAUGCAAACGCCUCAGUCAUUUUCCUCGAUCAACCAGUUAAUGUCGGGUAUUCCUACAGUGGUAGCUCCGUCAGCAACACGGUCGCCGCUGGGAAGGACGUCUACGCGCUACUCACCCUCUUUUUCGAGCAAUUCCCAGAAUACGCAAAGCAGGACUUUCACAUUGCGGGAGAAUCGUAUGCCGGUCACUACAUUCCAGUUUUCACAGCUGAGAUCUUGUCGCACAAGAAGCGCAACAUCAACCUGAAGUCGAUUCUGAUCGGAAAUGGACUUACCGAUGGCCUGACCCAAUAUGAGCAUUACAAACCGAUGGCCUGUGGUGGCGGCGGAUAUGCUCCUGUACUCGAUGAGGGCGAAUGCCAAGCCAUGGACAAUGCUCUUCCCCGAUGCCAAAGCCUCAUUCAGAACUGCUAUGACAGCGAGAGUGUUUGGUCUUGUGUUCCUGCAAGCAUCUACUGCAACAAUGCUAUGAUCGGCCCUUACCAGAGGACUGGCCAGAACGUUUAUGACAUCCGCGGCAAGUGCGAAGAUUCUAGCAAUCUUUGUUACUCAGCUCUUGGCUAUAUCAGCGAGUUCUUGAACAAGAAGGAAAUCCAAGCGGAGCUCGGUGUUGAAGUUAGCUCUUACGACAGCUGCAAUUUUGAUAUCAACCGAAACUUCCUUUUCCAGGGAGACUGGAUGCAGCCUUUCCAUCGUUUGGUCCCUGGCAUCUUGGAAGAGAUCCCAGUUCUCAUCUAUGCCGGUGAUGCUGAUUUCAUUUGCAAUUGGCUUGGUAACCAAGCCUGGACUGACGCCCUCGAAUGGCCUGGCCAGAAGACUUUCAAUGGCGCUGACUUCCAGUACUUGGAGGUUACGAAGGGUAAGAAGUAUGGAAAGGUGAAGACAAGUGGAAACUUCUCGUUCAUGAAAAUAUUCGGAGCUGGCCACAUGGUACCGAUGGACCAACCCGAGGCGUCAUUAGACUUCCUCAACAGAUGGAUUGGCGGAGAGUGGUACUGA